AUGCCUACUGGAAUUGAUUCUUUGUCUCAUCAACAACAUCUACAUCAUCAUCACAAUUACAAUUAUCGACCACCUCAUCAUUACAAAAGCACCAUUCAUCUCGUUACUACUGCGCGAGACUUCAAUGAUGAAGAUGAACGACGUCGUAGCAGCUCAUAUAAAGUAAACAAUGAAAUUAAUAGUUCAAACAUUGCUAAUUACAUUAAAAAUCAAUCAAAUUCAUCUCAUGCAUACUCACAACAAUAUCAUUCUUCUCUAUCUCAUAGACCUGUUAAUAAUACUUAUUCUUCAACUCGUACGAAUUCUUCAUUAUCGCGACACUCAUCUAAUUUAACAAAAACAACAGCAGCAGCAGCAUUAGCAAUGUUAUUAAAAGGUCAUGCAGACACGUCAUCCUCAUCGAAUUUGCUUGAUAUAACUGAUCAGCAGCAAACACGCGCUACACCAAAUAGGAGACGUGGAUCGAUUAUAACAGAUUCUAUAUUGACAAAAAAUGAUCAAUGUAAGCAACAAACAAAAUCGUCUUAUUCUUCUUUAGUUACGUUAAAUCGAACAAAUCAGACAGUUUCUACCCAAGUGGCUGCACCUAGCAUACGUCGAUGUGUUUCAGUCCUGGGUAAACGGUAUUCGUCCACUGAUUUGAAUAUACCUAAGCCGAAUACGGCACGGGUAGAAAAAUCAUCAUCGUUACGUUCGACUAAUCAAGACUUGAAUGAACGAGAAACACUAAAUAAUAGUAAAAGUAGAAUAUCAUUAGAUUCAAAUGGUUCUCUAUCAGCUCGAAUAUCUAAUUAUCAGCAACAACUACCACUAAAUAUGAGGAGAAACCAUGUCUUAUCGCAAUCUAAAUCAAAUAGUUCAAUGAUAUUAAAUGAUUCUGCUAUGAAUAAAAUGAAGGGUGAACGAUUACAUGAUACGAGUUUGACGCAGUCAAACAGUGAGAAUACGAUUAAGGCCAAUGAACAAGAAUACGUAAAAAAUUCGGUGACCAAUAUUGCAAAACCAGAUGUUCCGCCAAAAGUUUGUAGUUUAGAUCAGAAUAAAUCUCUGUUAAAAGAGAAAAGAAUUCUUCAUUCUAAACAUUUAACUCGUCAGCAUUCUCAUGAACCAUGUCCAAUCACAUAUCAGAGUCAGCUGAGUUUGGGAACAACGACAACAUCAGAUUCUGGUUCCGAUAAUACAAUCUUGAAUCAUUUACCGGAACAGAAUGAGGUUAGUGAUAAAUCACAAUCAAGUGUUUUAGAAGAAAUUUUAAACAACGGAAAUUUGUUAUCACCGCGAAAAAAUCCCGUAAAGCAUUCAAACCGUUUACGUUCAUGUGAUACAGUGACUUCAGAUGAAUUAGAAAAAAAUAGUCGAAAACUGCCACCACUAGUAUUUUCAGUAUCAUCAGUGAAAAUUAAUAAUGAAGUGCCAUUGAACAGUAGCAAUAGUGACAGUGAAUUACGAAAACUUGAACGAGAAAUUUAUGAAGAAAGAAAAAAGAAGAUAGAAGAACAAGAACAAGUGGUAAUCAAUGUGACAGAAUACGCACAAGAUAUACUGAAAUAUUUACAUGAAAGAGAGCAUGUAUGUCGUCCAAAGGCAAACUAUAUGCGAAAACAAAGAGAGUUGACAUGGGAGAUGCGUGCGAUAUUAAUUGAUUGGUUAUGUGAAGUGGCUGAUGAGUACAAGCUAUUUUCAGAAACAUUUCAUUUAGCUGUUAAUUUCAUUGAUCGUUUUCUAUCUCGAAUGUCUGUCACAAAAUCAAAAUUUCAAUUAAUUGGUACAGCAGCACUUUAUUUAGCAGCUAAAUGUGAAGAAGUUUAUCCACCAAACGCAUCUGAAUUUGCUUACGUGACAGAUAAUGCCUAUUCAAAAAAACAGGUGCUAAAAAUUGAAGAUUUAUUAUUAAAAACAUUACAUUUUGAAGUAUCAACAGUUACAACACAUACAUUUUUGUUACAUUAUAUGAAAUUAAUUGAAAUCGAUGAAAUAACAGAAGAUUUAGCCAAGUAUAUUGCUGACAUAACACUAUUAGAUUCAGAGUGUAUUCAACAAAUACCAAGUUUACAAGCAGCCGCUAUUUUGUGUCUAUCGUUGCAUAUGAAUAAAAAACCGGCAUGGUCGUAUAAAUUAAAAGAAUAUACUGGUUAUACAAUAAAUUCAUUCUAUAGUAUAAUGGAAAAAAUAUUUUGGAAUUUUGCUCGAACAACAACUCAAGGUAAAUGGGCAAUAACAAAGAAAUAUCGUCAUAUGAAACAUCAUAAUGUUGCUUCGAUUGAAUUACCGACGACAUUACCAUACACAAUGAUAAAUGAAGCAUAA